GUCACUCAAAAGCUUCUUUUCCGACUCCCUAUCAAUCAAGCGAUCUGGGCCGCGCGCUAAAAAUGCACUCGGCGCUUCCGUGGGAGGCGCGCGGUCUGGAUGGUUUUGGGCUGAAAUCGGAUGUUUGGACGGCGGUUUCGGGGGAGAUUUUCUGGCUCGACUCGCAGUCGAGGCCCAGCUCUUUUUUUUAUGAUCUUUUGUAGAAGUGCGAAUGGCGGCUGCACUGGUGGGGAGGGAUAGCCCGACGUCCCUUAGAUUGAUUGAUAGGCGAUAAUGGGCAGCCUUUUUAUUAUAUUUAAAGAGACAGAGACGAUGUUUUUCAUAAGUGAGCGAAAAGUCCAGGCGGUUUGUGUUUUUGCAUUAUGUCGCAGGUUAUGCAGUAUAAUUGAGUAUUAAUUGCGCCCGCGGUUCUCAGGGGUGUCUGGCGUUUCGAGGAAAACGCUGUAUCGAUUUGAACAUAUAAGCAAUGGGUUUGAAUAGAGACUCCGAACAAACAUGGCGCCUACAGUAAUAGAGAGGAUGAGAUGCACUCAGGCAUCUGUGGCUGAAGAAAGGAAGAAACCACGACGAAGAUAUAAAACCACAUUACAAGAAAAUUGUGAUUCCGGGAACGUUGACAAGCAACUCGAUUUAGUGGAGCUGAAGAUCAGCUUUAUAGAAUGCCCAAGCGUUGUCCACAGCAACAGUAACUAUGAUGACAUCCCCAUCGGUGUCCAUGGAGGAUUACCAAGAGGCUGAGCAGAUGCAAGUGGGAGAGCAGUCGGCGGGACAAGUGGAGGAGAGGUUGGAGGAAGAGGAGGAGAGAGAGGAAGAGGAGAGCAGCUCAGCACCGUCUGAGCCACAAACUCCUAUGGAGGUCGACAAGACGGCCAUUUACAGACACCCCUUGUUCCCCCUGCUGGCGCUGCUCUUUGAGAAAUGCGAGCAAUCCACUCAGAGCUCGGAGUGCGUGACCUCGGCCAGCUUCGAUGUGGAUAUCGAGAACUUUGUGCGAAACCAGGAGAAAGAAGGCAAGGCUUUCUUCAGUGAGGACCCCGAUUUGGACAAUCUGAUGGUGAAGGCCAUCCAGGUGUUACGGAUUCACCUGCUGGAGCUGGAGAAGGUGAAUGACCUGUGUAAAGAUUUCUGCAGCCGCUACAUCGCCUGCCUCAAGACCAAGAUGAACAGUGAGACGCUGCUCAGUGGAGAGCCAGGAAGCCCGUACUCCCCAACACAGACACAGCCGCCGAGUUCCUUCUCUGGAGCCAUGAGUCCCCAAGGUAUUGUAUUGCCAGCGUCAGCUUUACAGCAAGGCAACGUUACCGUCACAGCCGUAAACCCCACACAGGUGCUAACAGGUGGUACAGUGUAUCAGCCUGUUACAGUUGUUACUCCACAGGGGCAGGUGGUCACACAGACUCUGUCACCUGGAACAAUACGCAUCCAGAACUCACAGCUUCAGCUGCAGUUGAACCAGGAUCUAAACUUUUUCAGUCAGGAGGACAAUUCGUCUAAGGCCAAGAGAGGCAUCCUUCCCAAACACGCCACCAAUGUCAUGCGUUCUUGGCUCUUCCAGCACAUCGGUCACCCUUACCCUACAGAAGAUGAGAAGAAACAGAUCGCCCUGCAGACCAACCUCACCCUGCUGCAGGUUAACAACUGGUUUAUUAACGCACGCCGACGGAUCCUUCAGCCCAUGCUGGACGCCAGCUCCUCGGACACACCCAAGAGCAAAAAGAAGACGCCCCAAACGCGCCCCCUACAACGCUUCUGGCCCAACUCCCUCGCCUCCUCUGUGUCCCAGCAGCAGGUCACCAUGGAAGAUGGUACUACGGUAACAGUCGGUGUGGGUGAGGACGGCCUACAGACGCUCUCUUCAGAUGGAGCUACGCUGGCCAUGCAGCAGGUCCUGAUGGGAGGUCACAGCGAGGAGGAUGAUGAUGAUGACGAAGAGGACGAAGAGGACGAGGACAAUGAUCCUUCCCACUCCGACAUGACCAGGCUGGGCCUGGAGACCAGUGAUUCGCUGUAGUAGGACUGAACGACUCGCACACACACACACACACACACACACACACACACACACACACAGUUAGUAUAGAGAGAGACAUUUAAGGCGCAUCAGAGCACUAAGAAGAAAGAGACAUUCACACAAACACCUCGGCUGAUGUGUUGAAGGUCACAGAACAUCCCCAAGCUGUCAAACAGCUCGUUUGAAGUACAGAGAAAGGGCUUAAAGCCACACACACGCCAACACAACCCAUACACACAGCAGGUCAAAAUGAAGACACAAGCACAAGUCUCUCUCACGGUGGAACGCACGCAUCAUUUCCGACGCAGUUAGCCGAGUGCACUUUUUGUAUGAUACUGUAAACUUAAAGGAAGUGUUCAAAGCACAUUUUGAAAGAGCUAAAAGGAAGGAAAGUAAAAAAAAUAUUGAUGCUGGAUGAUUCAGUUGUACUUAUCCUCAUGGUCUGGGAUGCUAUGAUGAUGAGAUUUCAUCUCUUGCAUGCCUGUGUUUGCUUUAAUCAGGCACCAGAAAGAAGAAGGAACUAUUUUUAUAGUACACUUGUCACAAGUGAUCGGUGCCAAUUUGUUUGUUUUCUCCAUUUGUUUGUUUUGCUCUGGUUUGCCAUGUUUUGUAAGGAGUAUUUAUGUAUGAAAAAG